AUGAAUGGUUCUAUGACUAUGGAGACUGCAGCAGAUCGUGCGCUUAAAUUACCAUUGGAGCCUCCGUUUGAUACUUCUGACCACUCGCAUCAUCAUCAUGAUCAUGAGAUUGAGAACGACGAGUUUGUUAAUCAUAGAGCGGGUCGGAGCACCGAGGAAGGAUCGCAGGAACAGUCCCGCGACAACGCAGAACAUGCGAAUAACUACGAUCAACAAAAAUUGGUGUCACUGUCCCCAGAGAUGGGGCCUAGUUUCAUCUCCGGCAAUGAGGCCAGUCCGGAGACUUAUACUGAUGAAAGAAGCGGUGCUGCUGGGAGGAAGAGAUUCAGCGAGUCAGUGACGGAUCCGUCACUGACCGCAGCCGCGGCUGCAGCUGUAGCGUCGAUACAGGAUGUUUGGUCAGAGAACUUCAAUGAGCCGUUGCCGACGAAUAAGGAGGAACGCAUACAGCAGGCUCUUGAGUUCAUGCGGAAUGAAAAGCACGCGCAUGCUGCGGAUAAGAAUAUUAAAAAGCAUUCAAUUCGACAGAUAGCGCUUUUCUUUCAGGUGCCCAAGUCUACGCUGUAUGAUCGGCUAAAGAACAGAGCACUGCUACCGGGCAAUGACAAAGCAGGGAGCGCCGUUGUGGCUAGCGCGGUUAGCACAUAUUCGAUGUCCUCUAGAGCACACAGUCAACAAAUGAAAAUCUCAAUGGAGAAGGAAGAGCUGUUAUUGGUGCAGACGAAAAAGCUAUGCCAUUCGUUGGGGAAUACGAUAAACCUGACUCAUCUGAAGGACUUCAUCACAUCUCUCGCGGACGGGGUUUCGCUAGGUAAAAAAUGGGUGCAUAACUUUACGCGACGUCAUGAUAAUGAUUUGAUUUACGGGACUCUGUCCAGCAGGUUCAAUGUCAGAGUGUCCAACUCUAAGAAUUGUAGAUGCAAUUUCGAAUAUCUUUGGCGGUGCUUCAUACCACUAUUGCAAGAAACCAUCAAACAGCUGCCGCAGGAUGAACCAUUUUAUUAUAUCGCCAAAACAUCUGUCCACCAACCUAGCAUGACAAGCAUCUUCGCAUGUUUUGAGGUGAAACCGAGAGACCUAUCUAUUACACUAUUCGGCGAACCGCAUCUGGUAAUGUUCCCUGACUACUUUGGUAAGUCAUAUGCGCAGAGAGACGCUGGGAAGGAUCCAACGGCCUCAAUUAUGGAUGGACAUGAAAACAUCGACCAUGAGAACCUUCGGGACAGUGAUCCCGCCACAGAACACAUAAUGAACAGACACGAAAAAUUGCAAAAGCACCAUAAAAUAGAGAAGUUGAAUACGGUGUUUGCGAGCAUAUACGAACGCUGCUGCUCCAGCUCGAAUCUAAGUCCAGGAAUUGUGCCCUUGGUGGUGUUUGAGGGCUUCAGCGACCGCUACAACUGGGAUCCAUCGACAGCCAAGGACAUGGUUCACUUGGGACGGUUCCUCGCAGUGCCCUGGAACCAGCAAAUCUUGCAACAGCUCAUAUCAAAGCAGAUGAUGAACGUCGUCAGCAAUGUGACGCGCCGCUCGUCGAUGGUGCCGAGCCAACUCACCGACAUGGAAACAGAUACCGUUUUACACCAUGUUGAUCUGGACUUGGGAGCCUUGAGAGCGAAGCUCACCCAAAUACUACGAACGCAAACUGAGACUCUGCCACCCUCUAUCGAAAGCCACGACCCAGCCCAAGACAAUGAAUUAAACGUGUUCGCAUCAACACUGCGAUCGUCGCCAGACCGAGGACAGGAUGUGGAGAGUAAUUUCCUUGCCCCCAAACUGACAGAGACACAGCAACAGCAUCAAGACAGCCAUCGGCCACUGUCUCCACCGCCUCCGCCUCCGCUUCCACCACAAAUUGCGACAGUCGCAUCUGCCAAUAUCUUCGAAAACUCAUCACUGUCGCAGUUGCAGGACGUCAUCAACCUCAUCGACACAAAUGAAGCUGAACUGUACCGCGGUCUCGCAGACCCUUCUCUGAAGGCCACCUUAAUGGAUAUAUUCCGCAAGAUCAGGGCCAUUCUUCCUCAAUGA